AUGCUCGAUCUAGAUGCACCCCAUUUCUCCCAUUGGCUAACAGAACCAGUACUCGACUCUCCUACUUCUCCAAUACCCAUCCGCGGUGCUGGCCCGGAUCUGCAAUCGCAAACACUUUUCUCCUACCCUAACCAUAACUUUACGCCCAGCGCAUCAUUCUCCCCGUCGGAAUUUGCGGCACCGCUUCAGUUACCGAGAUCGUUAUCGCCGGCCGACGGCUCUGACGGCUAUCUCAGCUCGCCAGGUUUCCGCGUGUCAUCCAUAUCCCCCGCCGAGACUUCACUAAGACCACCAUCAUGGGCAAGUCAAUUGUGGGACUCGCCACAAUACGAAGCUUCCACGUCCUCAUCGCGUGUUCAUCAGCCCCUAUCAGAACACCCUUAUGCAGUCAAACGCCAACGCUUUCAACCUAGACGAGAUAUCUCAAGCUUGGGCUUCCAGUCUUCAAGCGCUCCAAUAAACACGGGCAUGCCGUCAAUGACGAGAAAUUAUAGUUCCCGUCGUGGCGAGUCUGUCAGCGUUAGCGAUGAUCGCGACGCAACCGUGCGACGCAAGAAGCGGCUAUCCACCGAAGAACUUUCCAGGGAGGACAAAUCAACAGACUCACCUCCUCUCAAGUCUAUACUUAAGCAGCCUAAACUAGCACCAAGUGCUUGGCAGCUUUACUUCACAGACUGGAUUCAACGGCACCAAGCAACGAGCACGAGAAAACUCAAUGUUGCACAAGCUGCCAAAGAAGCUGGUCAGGAGUAUGCUAAUCUGACUCCAGAAGAGAAGGAGCCUUACAAGCGACGGUCUGCCGUUCUGAAAGAGGCUCGGGAACGCGAAAACGCGGCCUACAUGAAGAGUCUCACUCCUGAUGAUAUCAAGAAGGAGAAUGCCUUCCGCACUGCCCAACGCAAGGCAGGUCGUUCUCGGAAGAGCAACAUCAAGGACCCAAACGCACCCAAGAAGCCGCUUAGCGCGUACUUCAUGUUCCUGCAGCGCAUUCGAUCCGACCCUGCCCUUGUGAGGGAGAUAUUUGGUGACGAGCAAGAGACGACUAAGCAAAGCGUGUUAGCCGCUGCCAAAUGGCGAUCGAUGACUGAUGAUGAGCGCAAGCCUUUCCUUGCGCAAGCCGAGCAGGAGAAGCUCGAGUAUGAGGCUGCACGGAGGCUGUACGAGGAGGGCACCACUGAUCUUGGCACAAGUAUCAAUUUCAGCAUCUUGCCAAGCAGCCCCGGCACCGAGAGUCCGUUCCGUGCCUUGCGGGCAAUGUCGUUCAGUUCGGAAAGCGAGAGCGAGGCGGCAACAACGGACGAUGGUGUCAGUCGAUACCGCAUAUGA